UCUACAUUUUUAUUUCAUAGUAAGCAGUUUGUUAAAUAAAUUUUUGUUUUAUUUCAUCCCUGUGUGUACAAUAACAAAAAGCACAUGCCAAUUAGAAUUCAAUAAUGCAAAUUGUCAAAUUAGCCAUCACUGAACGAGCUUGUACCAUUCUUCGAACUGCAGUCGAUUUCAUUCCACACAAAUCUAAAUACACCAAAAAGAGAAAUUCUUGUUGCCAUUAUAAAAUAGUUACAUCCAUUCAACGGCUCAUGCUGGCGUUGUUGCUCUGCAUUUUCUCCGUAUGACGUUGUGUUGCGCUCUUUAAUUUCCUAUCAAACAGUCAGCCCACAAGUACUUUUGUUUAUGGUGCUUGUUUGACAUUUGCUACAACCACCAGCUGUGUGAAAAAUCGAGUGCGUAAUAAAACGAUGCUCGAAAGCCUAAAAGCAGACCAAAAUUGUCUGCAUUGAAGAGGAGCUAUUUUUAUAAUAAAUUUCAAGUAAAGAAGUCAAAAAUUACAUUGAAGCGAACGUUCUACGCUAAAUUGCUAUACACUCAUACGGAUACAUCGGCACACGCACAUAUAGAGAUUAACAGAAGAAAAGAGAAAAAGAGCUACCGGCCUGCUGACAAAUUUAUAGUUAUUCACAAGAACCGAUAAUCAUCUAAAUACAAAAGAUACGCAUAUAAUUUUGGUUUCUUUUAUACGUACGCACACGCUUUUAAUAAACUUUAAGGUGUUUGCUAUGCCCCGCGGUAAACGACGUUCGAAUCACGAUAUGGGGGGCGAAGAGGAACGUGCAAAUUCCAAGCGACCACGCGGUGGAUAUGCGACAACACAACAUACUAGCAGACGCCACAUCAAGGCUGAAGAUUGUUUCAGCCAAAAGCGUUGUGCCGAUUGGUUUUGCAAAUACACAAAUCCCGAUGAACCGGACACACUAGGUCCUGAUGGCAUGGAGAAAUUCUGCGAUGAUAUUGGCGUUGAGCCGGAAAAUGUUGUGAUGCUUGUGUUAGCCUACAAAAUGGGCGCCACACAAAUGGGCUUCUUUAGUCGUUGUGAAUGGUUAAAAGGCCUCACCGAAUUGGAAUGUGAUUCUGCUGCAAAAAUGCAAUCUAAAUUAGACUAUUUAAAAAGUAUACUCAACGAUCCAAAUGUCUUCAAAAGCGUAUACAGAUAUGCGUACGAUUUUGCCAAGGAUUCCGAUCAGCGCAGCAUGGAUAUAAAUACAGCAAAAGCAAUGCUACAUUUGCUGCUCGGCAAACAUUGGCCACUCUACCCGCAUUUCGCGCAAUUCCUCGAUCAAUCAAAGUACAAAGUUAUUAACAAGGAUCAGUGGUGUAACAUACUUGAGUUCUCGCGCACAAUCAACAACGAUUUGACGAACUACGAUAUUGAUGGAGCAUGGCCUGUUAUGUUAGAUGAAUUUGUGGAAUGGUUACGACUGCAACGCACAUGCACGAGUACUGCAAUAAGCUGAAAUUAUCUUUAAAAUAUAAAAUUUAUGAUAUUAAAAAGAAACCACAAUUAAUAACACAACUACAAAAGGAUCAACUAAAAUGAAACUCAAGUACCACAAAUAAACAAAAAACAGCAUAUUCCAAAGCAAAACAGUAAACAAAUUCAAAACUUAUAACAACAACAACAACUACUACUACAAGAGGUACCAAUCAGUCAACCAAUUACCCAAAACAAAUGCAAACAAAAAACUAAAUGAAUGAUUCACUUAAAAAACAAAACAAAACAACAACAUUAAAACAUGAAUAAUGAAUGAGUACAUUUAACGUAUUACUAUUAUGAUAACAGAAACAAAACCACAAAAACUACUACUACAAUAAAUAGUAUCUACUAUUGUUUGCUUCUUACUAAUAUAAAUCAUAAUGAUUACAAAUAAGUUACCAUUGAUAAUGAAAAGGUGAAAUUUGAAGCAAAGGCCAACACUGCGUAUAUAUAGGCAUACAUAUAAACCACAUAAAAUAUGCAUGCAUACAUUGGGCAUGGCACAAUAGACUUAUCUAUCACAACAUACCAGCAUUCAUCUAAAAAAUUAUGCCGAACAACUAUCUUGUAAAUUGCAUGUGUUAAAGUGAUACAUUUAUAGUGGUAGCAUUUGGAAUAUUCAUGAUAUUCAGCCCAAUUAUCCCAAACUGAAAAAAAAAAAAACAAAAAACUGAAAGUAAACAAAUGCAUAUAUGUAGUCAUAUUUGGAACAUUUAGUAUUUAGUAAUGGUAAUAAUAAUGAUAAUAAUUGUAAUAAUGACGGUGAUGAUGCCAAUGAAGGAAAGCAUGUUUAAAAUCAGUUAAAUAUACUGAUUGCGUGAGACUGUGGAAAAGCGAAAAUAACUCGCGUCAACUUUGAUAAUUAAUGUUAAAAAACAAAAAAUAAGAAAAUCUGAGAUACAUACAAAACAUAUUCAAAAUUAAAAACAUAAAAUUAAAUAUAAAAAUAAUAAGAAUUAUGAGUUUAAGUUGUAAAACAA